UUGUCUCCUUGUUCCAACCGCGUCAUCAAUUUAUAUUUGGCAAAAAAAAAAAAAAAAACAGAGCCUCUCCGCUAAUUUCUCAUUUUCCCGAGCGAUCGUCCAUGGCGGACAUCGACAUCGGAACCGCAGCAACAACAGGAGGAAACGACGGAAGAGGAACACGAGAACGUCUAAUAAACCGAGAGACCAAGUUUACACGUAGCGUAUCUCACGCACAAGACGAGCUCCAGAGUUUCCGGAAAUAUCUGCGAUGGAUGUGCGUGGAUCAGUCGAGUCCUUGGACCGCGGUUCUCUCUUGGUCUAUGUUUGUUGUUUUCACGCUCGUUGUUCCUGCCACGUCUCACUUCAUGCUCGCUUGUGCUGACUGCGAUAGCCAUCACUCGAGGCCCUACGAUUCCGUUGUCCAGCUUUCUCUUAGCAGUUUCGCUGCUCUUUCGUUUCUAUGUCUCUCCAGAUUCGUUAGCAAGUAUGGUCUCCGACGUUUCCUAUUCUUCGAUAAGCUUUGGGAUGAGAGCGAGACGGUUCGUCGAGGCUACACCAAUCAGCUCAAUAGAUCGCUUAAGAUUCUCUCCUACUUCGUCACUCCUUGUUUCCUAGCGAUGAGCUCUUAUAAGAUAUGGUGGUAUGCUUCAGGAGCUUCUCAGAUUCCUUUCCUUGGUAAUGUUAUCUUGAGUGAUACAGUCGCUUGUUUGAUGGAACUCUGCUCGUGGUUGUACCGUACUACCGUGAUCUUCCUGGUUUGUGUCCUCUUCCGUCUUAUCUGCCAUCUUCAGAUCCUUAGGCUGCAAGACUUUGCUCAGGUUUUCCAGAUGGAUUCAGAUGUUGGUUCCAUCUUGUCUGAACAUCUUCGCAUCAGACGUCACCUGAGAAUCAUCAGCCACAGAUACCGAACCUUUAUAUUGUUGUCCUUGAUUCUUGUCACUGGAAGUCAGUUUUACUCUCUGCUUAUUACCACUAAGGCCUAUGCUGAAUUGAAUAUCUACAGAGCUGGAGAACUAGCACUAUGUUCAAUGACGCUGGUCACCGCGCUGCUCAUUCUACUACGAAGUGCCUCAAAGAUCACACACAAGGCUCAGGCGGUGACUUGUCUUGCAGCCAAGUGGCAUGUCUGCGCGACAAUAGAAUCCUUUGAGACAGUAGAUGGAGAGACUCCAAGGUUAGUUGAUAGAGCAAGCGGACACGGAUACUAUCCAACAGAUGAUGAUAAUGGAGAAUCAGACAGUGAAGAUUAUGGAGACGAAGAAGAUGAUUUCGAUAACAACAAUCUCAUUCCUGCGUAUGCUUAUAGCACCAUAUCAUUCCAAAAACGGCAAGCUCUAGUUAAUUACUUUGAGAACAAUAGAGCAGGAAUCACGGUGUUUGGGUUUACACUUGAUAGAAGUACUCUCCAUACAAUCUUUGGUAUCGAAAUGUCGCUUGUUCUCUGGUUACUUGGUAAGACCAUUGGAAUUUCUUGAAGCAUUCUUUGGAUCAUUAAAGCUCUCAAAGUUUUGGCUCCCUUGUUGGAUGAUGUUGGUAUAUGUAUAUGCCGAGGCUCUAUGUAUAAUAACAAUUUCUCAUUUUGUAUCACUGUAAAUCUUCUUAUUUGUUCUUUAACAAGUCGAUUUUGUAAUAGAUUUCAUGUGUUCAACGAGUGAUCUUACAGUAAAUUAGAUUAGCCUUA